UCGGCCGGCACCCAGCUGGCGGUCCAGCUUGGCGCCGGCUCCUGGUGCUUCAUCGCGGAGGGUCGCCGCGCCGCGAUGGAAGCGUUACCGCUGAACCACUCGCUUGGCCUACCAUCGAUGGGCAGCACGUCGGAGCCGCCCUCCUGUACCAGCUGGCCGGCCGUGCACCGCAAGCUCUUCCAGGUGGCCAACCUCUUCUACCUGGCCGCCUUCGUGAUCCCGCACACAUUCCGGCUGAGCGCGGCGGCCAUGCGCGCGCUGCUGUGCGCCAGCCUGGUGUUGCUGGCCGCCUGGGCCGGCUGGGAGAUCUGCGCCCCGGACGCGCUCGCCUGGAGUCUGACGCUCCUCGCCGUCAACGUGCUGCACAUCGGCUACGCCGGCUGGCUGGAGCGGCCCUCGCGCGUGCCGCUGCACCUCAAGGAGCUGCACCGCAAGCUGUUCCUGCCGCUGCGCGUGGAUAACCGCGACUUCCGGUGUCUAACGCGCGGUGCGGAGGUGCACCCGCUGGCGGCGGCCGACGCGUACGCCGUGCAGGACGUCACGCCCACGUCCGGCCGGCUCUCUGUGCUGCUCACAGGGAAGCUGGAGGUGCUGUGUGACGGCAUCCACCUGCACUACGUCAUUCCCAACCAGUUUAUCGACUCCCCGGAGUGGGAGUCGGAGCGGGUGUUCGGCGGCCCGACCAACGCCGGCCUCGUCUCCAGCGUCAGUCCGCGGCUCGACCCGGACGACGUGUACCAGGUUUCUAUUACUGCUGUGGAGGACUCGACGUACCUGACGUGGAGUUCAACGUCGCUCUUGCUUAUCAUGAAGAAUAAUUGUUUUCUUAAUGCUGUGAUGCGCAACCUCGUAGGUAAAGACAUCUCGCAGAAGCUGUACCGGGUCACCGAGCGGAUGGGCGGCGGCCGGCACAAGGAGGACGGCGGCUGCCGCUCGGGCGGCCCCUUCAGCCCGCUGGCGCUCCGCUCACAGAGCGUGGACCGCGUGCACACCGGCACCAAGGGUCUGGUGCGCUCCCAGGUGUGGCUGGGCGGCGGCAGCAGGCGCAGCUCGCACGGCGUCGGCAUCGAGACGGCCGUGGCCCCGGCGCACCGUCCCUACCAUUUCCAUUGAGCCUCGUGACCACACCGCCGGUGGGUGCUCUCCGACAGUUGGCUCGCCAAACCGGGUCCGAGAACUAAGAGCAAUGCACGGCCACUCAUCCAUGGGCCGGAGCCGCCCAGCGCCAUCCGCCU